AUGUUACCAAAUAGAGAAGAUGAUUCGGAUCUCAUGCGUCUCGUUAAGGAGCUUCAAGCUUCUCUAAUAAAGAACGACAAGCUGGAGAAGGAAAACCACGAGCUGCGUCAAGAAGUCACUCGCCUAAGAGCACAAGUAAGCAAUCUUAAAGCACAUGACAAUGAGAGGAAAUCAAUGUUAUGGAAGAAGUUGCAGAGCUCAUAUGAUGGUGGCAAUACAGACGGAGUUAACCUGAAAGCAUCAGAGAGUGUCAAAUCCAACACAAAGGGUCAAGAGGUCAGGAAUCCAAAUCUCAAGCCAAUGGUCCAAGUACAGUCUACAGCGAUAAAGCCGCCACCACCGCCACCACUUCCAUCAAAGACAACACUUGGAAAAAGAUCUGUACGUCGUGCUCCAGAAGUUGUAGAAUUUUAUCGUGCCCUGACGAAGAGAGAGUCUCAUAUGGGGAACAAGAUCAAUCAGAAUGGAGCUAUGUCUCCUGCAUUCAGCAAAAACAUGAUUGGUGAAAUCGAGAAUCGCUCCAAAUAUCUAUUAGAUAUUAAAUCUGACACUGACAGACACAGAGAUCAUAUCCAUAUCUUGAUUAGUAAAGUGGAGGCUGCAACAUUUAUAGACAUAUCAGAAGUGGAGACAUUUGUGAAAUGGAUAGACGAAGAACUAUCUUCCUUGGUUGAUGAAAGGGCCGUCCUAAAGCAUUUCCCUAAAUGGCCAGAACGAAAAGCAGACUCACUAAGAGAGGCUGCUUGCAACUACAAAAGGCUAAAAAACCUUAAAUCAGAGAUUUCAUCAUUCAAGGACAAUCCAAAGGAUUCUCUGACGCAGGCCUUGCAAAGGAUUCAAUCGUUGCAAGACAGGUUAGAGGAAAGUGUUAACAACACAGAGAAGAUGAGAGACAGUACAGGGAAGAGAUACAAGGACUUUCAGAUACCGUGGGAGUGGAUGCUCGACACAGGAUUGAUUGGACAGCUAAAAUACAGCUCGCUGAGGCUAGCUCAGGAGUACAUGAAGCGAAUAACCAACGAGCUGGAAUCAAACGGAACUGGUAAAGAAGGAAAUCUUAUGCUUCAAGGGGUUCGAUUUGCCUACACAAUACACCAGUUUGCGGGAGGUUUUGAUGGAGAAACAUUAAACAUAUUUAAUGAGCUAAAGAAGAUCACUACAAAACCCAGAAGAUAAGGAUGCAACUGUUGACAUAUCUCUGAAAACAAUUCUAGGUUGGUUUGGAAUUUGAGUAUAAAAUUAAAAGACUUGUGUUGUGAUAUAGGUGAUGCAAUGACUAAGAGAAUGAACCAUGUUAUGUAAUCUAGCUUUUGAGAUUAUGCAUUAGAUAUGUAAGGAAGUAUGACUCAAAAUUAUUGUACUAUCCAAGCCUGCAGUGUUCAUCCCUAUUUUCGAAUGCAACAAGCAAAAACAUAAAACCCACACCUCAAAUUCCAGAAACCUAAGGUUACUACUGAUGUCAAUAUUUAAAACUACUGGCGAAGACGAAACAGAACAAGAAGCGAG